UCCAUUGCAGUCUGUCAGAAAAUUACCUGUCAAGAUGAUGCGUACUUACGAAGACCUUCGAUUACUUAGAGAGAACAAAGUGGUGAUAUUCGAUAUUGGUAGUGCAUACACAAAAUUUGGUUAUGCUGGCGAACCUAAUCCACGCGGUAUAAUAAGAACAGAAAUUAAGUGCCCAGAAACAAAAGAGCUUCGAAAAAUCUAUGAUUAUAAAAAUACGGAGGAUUUGUAUCAAUUACUUGUUGAAUUUCUCCAUGUCUUAUUUUUUAGACACGUUUUAAUAAGUCCAAAGGAUAGUAGAGUCAUCAUUUUAGAAUCUCUGUUAGCUCCCACACAAUUUAGGGAUACAUUGGCAAAGGUAUUGUUUAGACACUUUGAAAUUGGAUCCAUAACAUUUUUACCUGCUCAUUUAGCAAGCAUUGGCACCUUAGGUGUCAAUUCUGCUUUAGUUUUGGAUGUUGGGUAUAAGGAAGCUACGUUAAUUCCAAUUUUUGAACGUAUACCAAUCUUAAAAGCAUGGCAAGCUCUUCCUUUGGGUGGAAAAGUCAUACAUGAAUAUUUGAUGAAAUCUUUAAAGGAAAUAUAUCCCAAUGUAGAUAUCACAGAGAAACUUGUAGAAGAUAUAAAAGUAAGAACAUGUUUUGUUACUACAUUGGAGAGAGCAGCUAAAUUAGCAACAGCAGAAAUGCCUAAUCCUCCACCAGCAGUUAAAUAUCCUGGAAUUAAGAGUAUUAUUAUACCUGGUGAAGUUAGAGAGAAAGCAUUUGAAAUGUUAUGGGAAAGGGAUAAUGACAAUCUUAGUAUAUCAACAAUGAUCCUAAAUGCUAUUAUGCAGUGUCCAAUAGAUACUAGACGAACUUUAGCAGAAAAUAUACUUUUAAUUGGUGGUACAACAAUGGCAAAAGGUUUUGCAAGUCGUCUUAAAUCCGAACUUUUAACUCUUGUAAAGAGUAAUAUCUAUUUUGAGAAAUUAAAAAUUGAAACAUUUAUGUAUCACACUGCACCUAGUAAACCUAAUUAUACAGCAUGGUUAGGUGGUGCUAUUUUUGGAACUGUAAACUUACCAGUGAGGUAUUUAACAAAAGAGAAUUAUUUAAAAUCUGGUAGAGUUCCAGAUUGGGUCAAUUUGAUGGAUAAUCAAAAAGACGAAUCAUUUGCUUAUAAUAUUUAAGA